GGGGUGGGACACCGGGUGGAGGCGAAGGUGGGAUUAUGUCAGCCUCGUCUUUCACUACGGUGUGAUUGGCGAAGUCGGUGGCCUAUCAAGACUGGAGUCGGGGUGAGUGGGGGGACGCUUUUCCCUGCUCCUGCUGCUGGGCCCUGCCGGGGUCGCGAAAGGAGUUUGGAGCGAGCUGUGAUUUGUCUGCGGGGGUCUGGAUUGUCCCCCACCCGCUACGAGCCACAUUGCUUCCCUCCGUUCUUUACGGGUUCCCUCAUGGAGACCGUCGCCCCUGUUCCUCCUGGCCCCGGGUCGGGACCGUUUCCCUCGCUUUUCCCCCCGGGGCUACACGGCAUCUACGGCGAAUGCCGGCAACUGUACCCAGAGCAGCCCAACCCCCUGCAGGUCACGGCGAUUCUCAAAUACUGGUUAGGUGGACCAGAUCCUCUGGACUAUGUUAGUAUGUACAGGAACUUGGGAAGUCCAAUUCAAAAUGUUCCUGAGCACUGGCAUUAUGUAAGCUUUGGACUAAGUGACUUAUAUGGUGAUAACAGAGUGCAUGAGUUUACUGGACCAGAUGGACCAAGUGGUUUUGGAUUCGAGCUGACAUUUCGCCUUAAGCGUGAAACUGGGGAAUCUGCACCACCCACCUGGCCAGCAGAGUUAAUGCAAGGCUUAGCCAGAUAUGUCUUUCAAUCAGAAAACACAUUCUGUAGUGGUGACCAUGUAUCAUGGCAUAGUCCAUUGGACAACAGUGAGUCUAGAAUCCAACAUAUGCUCCUUACUGAAGAUCCACAAAUGCAGCCAGUUCAGACACCAUUUGGAAUUGUAACAUUUCUCCAAAUUGUUGGAGUAUGUACAGAAGAGCUUCAUGCAGCACAGCAGUGGAAUGGGCAGGGUAUACUAGAAUUGCUUCGGACUGUUCCUGUAGCAGGAGGUCCAUGGUUAAUCACAGAUAUGCGACGUGGGGAAACAAUAUUCGAAAUAGAUCCACAUCUGCAACAGGACCGAGUUGAUAAAGGGAUUGAAACAGAUGGCUCAAAUCUAAGCGGUGUCAGUGCAAAAUGUGCCUGGGAUGACCUUAGCCGGCCACCAGAGGACGAUGAAGACAGCAGAAGUAUCUGCAUUGGUACACAUCCUCGACGAUUGUCUGGAAAAGACACAGAGCAAAUUCGAGAAACUCUACGAAGGGGACUAGAGAUUAACAGCAAGCCAAUUUUGCCCCCAAUUAAUACUCAGAGGCAGAAUGGAUUGAACAGUGAGAGAGCACCGAGUCGUAAGGACAGUUUAGAAAGUGACAGCUCAGCAGCAAUUAUUCCUCAUGAACUAAUUCGCACAAGACAGCUUGAGAGCGUGCACCUAAAAUUCAACCAGGAAUCAGGAGCAUUAAUUCCACUUUGUUUAAGAGGCAGAUUAUUACAUGGUCGGCACUUUACAUACAAAAGUAUUACAGGAGAUACAGCAAUCACUUUUGUAUCUACAGGAGUUGAAGGGGCCUUUGCUACAGAGGAGCAUCCAUAUGCAGCACAUGGACCCUGGUUACAGAUCUUACUUACAGAAGAGUUUGUGGAAAGAAUGCUGGAAAACCUAGAGGAUCUGAGUUCUCCAGAAGAAUUCAAGCUUCCAAAGGAAUAUAGUUGGCCUGAAAAGAAACUAAAAGUCUCCAUCUUACCCGAUGCUGUAUUUGACAACCUACUCCAUUAAAGAAAGCUGACACCCACAAGCAGCAGCUUACUGUUUAUUGCCCAAGGACUAAUGGGAGGAUUGAGUAAAGUUGGUCCUGACAACUGUUGCUGCAUAACUACAGCAGAAGAAAGGUUACUCAACAACAGUUCAGCCAGAAAUGAGCAUGUCUGGUUCUCUCCUUUUUCAUCAUGGCUGAACGCUUGAGUAUCUGCAUAUGAAUGAGUACAAGAGUUAGACUGAAGAAGAUGUAUUCCAUUAUGAAUAGCCGCUGUAAUACAUCUACUACUAUUUUAACUGGCUCUAGAACUGCCUGCUGCCUUAGUUCAGGGUUUAUAUUCCUCAUCCGCAUUUAUUGUACACAUUUUUCAUCUGUAAGCACAUAAUUAUUAAUUAGAUGUUUUCCAUAAUGCCAAACUUCUUUUGUUAGCCAGGCUCUCCUUAGAAUUAUUCCUUUAAUGCAAGUUGCAAUUCCAAAAAGAAAGUGAGAUUCUCCACAUGUAUUGACAGUAAAUAGAGUAAAAAUUACUCCAUUAUCUUGGCCCCAGGCAUUUCUUGUGGUUUGGCUGCAGUGAAGUUAGGUGGGUGGGUUUGGUCUCUUAGCUUAGAUUAGUUGAGUGCAACUGAAUUUUAGAGUGCAAAUUUUGAGCCCUAUCAUAAAAUGAGCCUUUCAUUUGCUUUUCUGUAAAGAAUCAUUACUAAGAUAAUAUCCAAAAACAGGUUAAUGAUAAUAAUAUCAGCAACAACUUUCAAACUGAGCCUGUGAAUAUUAACAGAUUUAGAAAGAAACCUAACUGUAUUCAGUUGGACUUAUUUCUAAAUAAAUGUAUGUUAAAUUAUAAGUUUUUAUGUAUUACUUUGAGAAUGUUUGGGGACAAUAAGCCCCCUCCAACCCAACCCUUUUCAGACACUUUAAUUGAUAAGAUAACCCUGAGUUAUUGGAUUAUAAAGCAUAUUAAAUAAUCACUCUUAUUUCUUUUAUUGAUGACCAAGCAAGAAAUAUGAGUGAUUAAUUUUAUAUGCUUUCCUCAUUGUACUCACUGAGCUAUAAAAUGAGUUAAUGGCUUAUCUUAUUUGUAUUAGCACUGUUAGCACUUCUGUUUUUAUGAAAAUUCCUGAUGCUGCAUUCUUUCUGAAAAAUUUCCACCAACUCUCAUUGUUUCAGGUCCUAGAGGUGCCCAAGAGCCUGUUAUCUUAUAUCAGCUUUGCAACAAAGCUGUCUAUAAAACAUUUAAGUUUUGUUAAAACCAUGUUCUCACUUUUUAUUAAUGUAAUAGAAAGCCAUGAAUUUGAUGACUAUUGUUUGAAUCAGGCCUCUCCAGAAAUUAUCAUUCACAUAGAAGUCUAAAUUGUUUUUGAACUAUGUGAAAAUAUGCGUUUUUUACAACAGGGAUCCCCAACCCCCAAACCACUACCGGGCCAUGACCUAUUCAGAAUUGGAUCCGCGCGGGUGGCUGGCCGGAGCACACGCAUGUGCGCACAACUCAACUUGCAUGAGCGGUGGGCUGGCGGGCACUCAUGCAUAUGCAUGCUGGCCCGCUGUUCACGUGGCCCAGUUCUCACCCCCCCCCCAAGCCAGGCCACCAAGUUGCAAAGGUUAGGGACCAGUUUUACAAUCUACAAAUAUUCAGUAUUCAUCUGCAACUCAAAGGCUAGGUUAGAAUCACAUUGGACAAAAUAAGGGGAUACUUUUUUAUGCUAUGUCCUUUUGCUAAAAGAGAGAAAAAUAUAUACUAAACAUGAGCUGGUCUUGAUACAUUCUGAAACACUGUUUAUAUUGUCAGUAGAAUUUGUCAGAAUCCCAGUAACCUUUGUUUUCAUGUUAAGAUUUUGGAUACUGUGAUGUACUAAUCUGUUUUUAUAUUUAAAGAUCAUAAAGCAAGGCUUUGGAAUCUAUAACACAAGUGAGAAUCUUUUGGAGUGCCUGGUUAGUUUUGAGUAGAUGUUUAAGUAAAAUUAACAAUGUUUAAUUAAUAAUAGAAGAUUGCAAAGAGGUAACAGAGCUAACUUUAAGAUUCUCUAAAGGAAAUGCACACAGGUGGUGUUCACACAUACCAUGCAACUAAGUUCAUUAACCAUUAUUUGUUGAGCAAGCCAGAGUCAAUUUUCUGGGACAACAGAGUGACUUGUUUGAUCAAUUUCUUAUUUUCCCUCCAUUUCUUCUAUCAAUCAGUUGAUAUUUAAUAAUAUUCUUAACAAAAGUUAAAUAACAAGAUUAUUUGUUAGUUUGUAGGAAAAUUUGCUCUAUAAUUAAGCAAGUUGUAGCCCCAGGGCCAAGUGUGGUGCCCAGAUCUUAUUUUGAUAGCUCUCAGAUCUUCAUCCAUCUGUGCUGCAAAUGUUGGCAGUUCAAAUGAUAAACCAUGCUAGCAUGGUUUCUCACCAUUUUCUAACAAAAUAUUCAUUAAAACUAGUAUAUGAUCUUUAACACACUACAUUUUUUUUAAACAAACAAAAAAAUCCUCUGCAAAACCCAGAAAAUUCUACUACUGCUCAUUUAUCUGAGAGCCCCAUCCACUCCUUUGCACCCCAGGAAAUAUGUAUUAUAACUUCCAUCCUCAAAAAGGACAGUUCUGGGUUUUUGUGAUUAUUGUUGUUUUGGCUGUGUAAAGUUUAUGGAAUUGGUUUUGCUUCCUUUUUGUCAUUGGCAGCUCUGUGAGAUGUACACUAUAUUGGGUUUUUAAAAUAAUUUGUAGAGUUUAGAGAGCAGUCGUGUUUUGUGUAGGUUUUGUUUUGCCUGUGUCUGUUGUCUGAGUAUGGUUAGUGUUAUUUCUGUGAAAUGGAUAUUUUGUUGAAAUGUGUACACUUUGCUUUGGCAUUGGGAAGCAAUUCCCUAUCCUUUCAGGGAGGAGUUAGGCAUGGGGGGAAAAAUUAGCCUGAAUAGCAGAAAUGCUGUGUAGGUUUUCCCACAAUGGUACUUAUUUAGUUUUUGAAGGAACUGAAGUGGGAAGCCUACUUCUUAAUUUUUAUGCUUCAAACUGUAAUUGGAUCUAACAUCACUGAAAUGCUUUUAUAUGGAAAGAAAAGUGAUCCCUGCUGGUAGAAAACAGCUAUGCUGGAGAAAUGACUAAGCUAGAGAGAGCCUUUCCUACAAGAUCUAAUUUAUUACAUAUAAAUAUUGUGUGUGUGUGCACAUGUUUAAUUUAAAAAGUCCAGCUGACCUGGAGAAACAUUUGAUCUAUCUUGUUUUUUCACAGAUGUCUUUAAGAAUCUCAUAGGUCAGAAUAUAGCAAUAGCAUCCUCUUCACUUCUCAGGACCUAAUAAUUAGAGACAUAGUUAAGAUGAUAAAUAAUUGUCCAUUCUGACAUGAACUCUCGGGAAUUGUUUCCAGCAACCAAAUUAGUUUAUGUAUAUAGUUUAUUUGGAAAUAUAUUCAUUAAUGUAAUGAGGAAGUGUUAGUCACAACUGUCUCAUUGAUUUCUCUCUAUAAUUAACUCUCUGUUUGUUCUCUUUAAAGUUGAAUAAGGAGUUUCUUGUCUAAGGAAUGAAACAAGGGAGGCAGAGUCAGUAUACAGUACUGUGAAAUGUAAACGAAUUAAAAAACCCUUGUGAAUUUCUCAUGAAGGAUCUACAAGUUAAAGCUAAAUAGAAUUACCUUCUAUGUCUCUCAUAGGAUUUUCUGCAAGAUCCUAGUGUUUUCAGUGUUAUGUCCUGCAUGAGUAUUUAUUUUGGAGGGCAGGACUGACCCAAAGCAUAUUUUUUAAAUGACUGUCUUGUUGGAUUUCCAGAGAGAGUGCUUUCAGGUUCUUUAUCUACUUGUAUGCAGCCACAAGUUACUGGCUUGGCAAAUCAAAGGUAUGGUGCUUUUAUAUGUUUUUGUUUAAUCAAUAACAAUUUAUGACUGUUCUUGUCAGUUCCCUAAAGGACAUAAUGGAACAGGGCUUGGUCUCUCCUCCAACUCUUCAUGAGCAAAUACAUGGGCUAGUUAUGCUAGCUUUUUUUUUUUCUCAACAUAAGGCAAGAAGAGUUUGCUUUGCACUCUUGUUCUUUGCUUGCUAGUUCCUGAAGUGUUUUAUCGGAAAUAGAAGCUUUGGCUGCUCUUCAGUUGGUUUGCACCUGCUACUUAAUCCCUUCAGCACCUGGAGCAGUAAACACCCUUCCUGGCUUGCUGCAACAAUUAUUAACUUUUAGCGCAGCUGUUGCACUAGUCAUAUGCCAGGAUAAUGCUAACAGAGCCACCAGACCAUUCCAGAGUGUUUAACUAUCUAACUAUGAAAAAAACUAAGUUAUCAUACAAGCUAUGAGUAGAAUAGAGAUUUGAAGCUAUUGCACAUGUUGCAGGUUCUGGCCUAUCGCCUGUUUUGCUCAGAAGCUGAAUCCCACAAAACCACUACAGAUUUUUGUAAUGCAAAAAGGUGUAAAAGGUUCAAAAUGUAAACAAUUGGAUUGUAUUUAGAAAUAAAUCCUAUUUAAAUAUACAGUCCUAUCACAAAUAAUGUUUUAAGCACAUUUAAAAUUGAGGAUAAGCUACUUGAAAUAUGGUAGGAGAGCAAAAAGGAAGAAAGUAAUUGUUCACUGCAGAAACAGGUAUAAAAAAAGAGAAGCUGGGCUCACCCUGAAGGAGACAAAAGAAAUAAACAUUUGCAUGGUUGUUACAUUAAAUUGUACAUCUGUAGACAUCUCUAGUGUUCACAGUAUCUCUGUCUAUUUUAUAUAAAUGUAUACAUCUUGAACUUCAUGUUUCCCUUUUGUCAGAUGGUGGUUGGGCAAAAGUAGGAUACAAAUCUUUGAAGCCUCUGCAGGAUAUUUUGCAUUUCAGUCUGAUGAUCAGUGCAGAAUUAGAAAUGAAAGCAAUUUCUGGGCAGAUUAAAAAAAGGAUUUCACUGUCAUUCCACUGCAUUCUCUUCUCCCAGCAGUAAAGACAUAAUUACAACAUGCUUUAUAUGAACCCCUUUUGCACACGAUCCCUACACAUAAGGGAAGUAAGGGAUCAGGGAGCAAUUCUAUUUAUACAAGCAUUUUAAUGGUUUGAGACAAAAAUAUUUAACAUUGUUUCCCACGAGUAUCAUCGUUGCAGUUUUUAGGAAAAGAAAUAGUGCCUUCCUUCUUUGGUAGCUCUGUGGUGUUUCAUUCCCCACUUAACCUGUAUGUCCUUUUCUGCUAGACAUCUUGAAAGUCAAAAUUCGUACUAUAUCUGAUAUAAAUUUAUAAGGACCCCAGGCUGACCCAUUUCUUAAUUCACUUUUGAAUAUCAAAUGUAUUAUGUUUCAUAUAUAUUUCUUAUUCCCUUCUUAAAUUGCUUACAUACAAUCAUAGGAGCUUUUAAGCUUUCUAUUGUUUUUCCCAGACUGUAAUAAAAUGUUUUUUUUUUAUUUUUAGCCAGUUGUUUUCCUAUAUUGCAAAUAUUUUGAAAAAAACCUUCCUCAUUUAGAGAGUUAUAAUAUAGUGAGCUCCAGAAGAGGUGAGGGAAUCAUAUAUUUAACCUCCUUCAUUAAUUAUAUUUUCAUUUCAGAAAUUGUUUUAAAGCUUUGCUGCCAGCUAACUCUUGUGGCAUCUUCCUCAGCCCUUAUUUCCCUUUUCAGAGCAAAAUUACAGAUUUCUUCUUCCAUUGGACUCUUAUGACAUAAAUCUUCAAUGAACAAAAGGUGAUUCUAUGAUCCAUGUUCAGAGUAUAUAAUAUAAUAUGGGCACCGUGGUUAAUACAAAUGGCUGUUGUGAGCCCCAGUUGAUAGGAAGAUGCAGGAGCAUGCAAGUUCCUUGCUGGAUCUUUUAAUUCCAGGUUAAGCUGAACUAACUUUCUCACCAGUUUUACUUUCAAGACUAAAAAAAAAAAUCACUUAGAGAAAGAAAAACCUAUUUAAAUAAUUUAAAAAUGAUGAAACAAUUCAAAAGAUUAACAGUGCUUUAUGUUUAUGAAUAAUGCUACCCAUGACGUAGCUUUUCUGGACGUGUAGUUUAACAGUAGUAACGACUCGUGCGUGUUCGCAUGUGCACUUGCGCGCAUGCAUGCAAAUACAUGCACAAUUUAAUCUAGCUUAAGGAUAUAAAAUUGGUAUUUGCUAGUAGCAGUUCUGAAUUCUACUGCAGCUGAAAACAGCACAUGACCAUGUUAAAAGCUUAAGGUAGUAUCAUGCUUCAAAUGAAAAGUAUCUUUCCUUUUUGAAUAGUUUUAUCUCAAUAGAAACUAGAGUUCUCUAUUAAGCAGAGGGCUUGCUAACUUUUUUUUCUUUUUAAAGAGAGAAAUGCUCUUGGGUGUUAGUUUUAUAUUUCAGAUGGCUGUACUGUAGUUCUAGGAAACUUCAAACAAAUUGAAAUAUACUUUUGGAAUUAAUCCUUUGACUUGUUCAGAUGCUAAUUCUGACUGCUGAAGCUGUUUUGAAAAGCUUCAGCUGAGAUGAACCUUUUUGUAGUUCAUCUAUGAGUGUGUGUGCGUGUGUGGGGCGAAGCACGUAUGUGUGUGUGAGUGCAUAUCUCUACACAUAUUAGAGUUACUGAAGAAACUGACUGAAAACAGUUUACUUCUGCUGCAGUAAUAUUUCAAUAUUUUAGUAUAUCUUUUUCUACCCAAAAAAGUAAUGAAAACUUAAACUAGCAGUUUUAAAAAUAUUUUAUAUUAGUUUGUAAUGUAUAUUCUUACAUUAUCACAGUGCUGGUAUGAACUACUUUUUUGUAAUAUUUUUGUGAAUCACAAAGCUUUUGUUUCCCUUCUGUGUAUUCAAGGUACAUUAAACCUGUUUGCAUAUUG